CACGUCCUCGCAAUCUCAGCCUCCUUUGCCUCCAACACUAACCGUUCACACAGCGCCGUUACAUCGAUGUCAGGUACAGUCACAUCUCAAGCUGCAACAAACAACCCAAUCUCUUCAAUCCAGGCCCCUUCGCCUAUGAGUUCUGCCACCACGACACCAGCAAACAAUUCUCCCACCUCCCCCAAGCUACAAAACGCUCAGCUUCUUCAAUUACCCCCGCAAUCGCGCCAGCUCCGCCCCCCAAAAUCUCCCUUGUACGUUCCCGCGGUUCUCCGGCCCACAGCACGCACAACAAAACCUCCUCCUCCCACCCCUCCACGGAGUUUUCAUGGCUCCUUAGACAGUCUGGAUAGUCAAUCGAAAAGUGCUGGCCCUAUUCGCCGGACUUCAUCGUCUGAGAGCACGGAAAUCGCCGUGAGCAAAUGUGCUGAGGACGUGUGGAUGAAGGAUGAAAAUCUGGGAGAGGUGACUGGUUCACCCACUCGGGAUCAUUGGAAGGCCGAUUCGGCAUCCCCUAACUGCGAUUCACCCACUUGCCGAUCUUUCUUUGGUCUCUUCCUUCGCCGACAUCAUUGCCGGCACUGUGGACAUGUCUUUUGUUAUUCACAUACUCUCCACAUGGUACCCCUGGAUCAGAAUGCCAGCUUUCAUCCUGGUGGGAUCCCUUCACGUGCGUGCGAUCUCUGCUGGAAUGCCUACUGCCGCUGGCAAAAGGCUCGCGCCACGCGACUCAAUAACAUACAGCAAGGUCUUGGCUCCGAUUUAGAAGAUAUGAAAGAUAAAAAGCCAUCGUCUGCGAGGACUAUGCGAGCUCUUGGCCCCGAUUACGUCUCGCCUACCCGUCCGAGUGGCAUCCCCCAGGCAAUCGAUCAGGAUGGCCUCGCGGCAAGCAGCGUCCCAAGAGACUGGAGCUGGAGCACAUUCUGACCCACUACAUCAAUAAGCGGUCCCCCUUUCCAUAUAUCCAUGUUCCCUACCUAGAGUUGCAUUGCAUACAAGUCUUUUUGAUGACGAUUGGCGUCUCGGCGCCUACCUCUGAUUUUGACAGCCCAUAAUCAAUCUUGAACUUUUAUCUAUUCUUGGGAUGCUCGGUGGAAAUUUUGCUUCUUUCACUUGGCAUGAUUUAGAUUCCUAUUGUUUUAUAUUCCUGCUUGCUGCAAUAGACUGCUGUGGCGCAUUGUGAUUGAUAUAUUUUGCAUUUGUUCAUUCUUUGCCGUCAUUUCAACUUUUGGUCGUUACUUUCUCUGCUUUAUUUUGAUAUAUAAUUUUUUAACCACAUGCGAUAACCCUCAAUGCUGCAAUUUUGCGAAAGGAUAGCAUCGUCCACC